AUGGCCAGCUUCGAGUGGGCGGAGGUCGCCCCGACCCAGUGGGUCGCGGCCGACGGCCCGCCGAAGCCCUUCGUCGACGGCGCGUUCACCUUCAUCGGCGGCGAGAAGAAGGAGCGCACGGGCGAGAUGAUCGACGUGACGAGCCCUAUCAUCGACGCGGCCACGGGCAAGCGCGCCGUCAUCGGCACGCUGGCGCAGAUGACGUCCGACGAGGCCAUGCGGGCCGCCGAGGCGGCGUCCAAGGCCUGGGACGACGGCCAGGGCGCCUGGCCGCGGGCCACGGCCGCGGACCGCGUCGCGGCGCUCGAGGCGGCGCUCGCGGCGAUGACGGAGAAGCGCGCCGAGAUCGUCGACGUCCUGCUCUGGGAGAUCUGCAAGACGUCCGCCGACGCGGCGAAGGAGUUCGACCGCACCAUGGACUAUGCGAAGGCAUCCAUCGCCGCGCUCAAGGAGCUCGACGCGUCCAUCUCCCAGUGGCAGACCGUUUCCGGCGUCGCGGGCAAGACGCGCCGCGGCCCCGUGGGCCGCAUCCUCUUCCUCGCGCCUUUUAACUACCCGUUGAACGAGAUGUACGCCAUGCUCAUCCCCGCCUUACUCUGCGGGAACGUUGUGACCAUGAAAUUACCGACGAUCGGCGGCCAGUGCCACCUGCUCACGGUGGACGCGUUCGCGACGUGCCUGCCGCCGGGCGUCGUCAACUUCGUGUCCGGGAGCGGCCGCAAGUGCUGCCCGCCCAUCAUGAAGUCGGGCCUCGUCGACAUGCUCGGGUUCAUCGGCGGGUCCAAGGCCUGCGACGCGCUGAUCGGCGACCACCCGCGCCCGCACCGGCUCAAGGUCUUCUCGCAGCUCGAGGGCAAGAACAUGGGCAUCGUCCUCAAGGACGCGGACCUGGACGUCGCCGCGGACCAGUGCUGCGCGGGGUCGACGUCCUACAACGGCCAGCGCUGCACGGCCAUCAAGCUCGUCUACGUCCACAAAUCCGUCGCCGGCGCGUUCCUGGACAAGUUCAAAGCCAAGGUCGCGGCGAAGAAGGUCGGCCUGCCCUGGGCCGAGGGCGUGGCAUUGACGCCCCUGCCCGAGACGUCGAAGCCCGGCUACCUCAAGGAGCUCGUCGCCGACGCGGUCGCCAAGGGCGCCGCCGUCGCGAACGCGGCGGAAGGCGGCGGCGGCUGCAGCUCCGGGUCCCUCAUCACGCCGCCCAUCGUCUACCCCGUGACCAAGGACAUGCGGCUCUUCCACGAGGAGCAGUUCGGGCCCGUGCUGCCCGUCGCCGUCUUCGAGGACCUGGCCGAGGUCGACGGCGCGCUCCGCAAGUCCUGGAACGGCCAGCAGGCCGCGAUCUUCACCAACGACCCGGCGGGCGAGGCGGCCACGUGCGUCGACAUGCUGGCGACCGUCGUCGGGCGGAUCAACGUCAACGUCCAGUGCUCGCGCGGCCCGGACUCGUUCCCCUUCGCGGGGCGCCGGUCCUCGGCCAUGGGGACCAUGUCCAUCGCGGAGGCGCUCCGCGGCUUCUCCAUCGAGACGGUCCUCGCCUACCCGGCGAAGAGCGCGCCGACGAAGGCCGUCGUCGACGCCGCGGAGGCGACGAGCGCGUUCCUGGCGCCGCUCGUGUAA